CAUGACUUCAGGAACGCGAUGUCCUCUCUGUUUUCACAAGAUGUCUAAAAAUCUUUGAGGUGAACGUUUUUACGACCUUACUCCCUAAACGUUUCAGACUAGUUCCUUAAAAAAAGUUUGUCGCUAUAAAUGUAUUCGACUUUACAUAACUUGAGCUCACCGGUGUUAUUUUGAAAAGUCGGAAGAUCCUCCCAGCUGCCUGUAAGCGCGAGUGUGCAAGAGGCAGUUCCUUUCCUUCCGGAUUUUGCCCUUAAGUGUUCAGGAGGAUGUUGGCGGUUUUUGAAGCAUAAAGGUUUUUCGCAAACUUUAUAGGAACUAAAAUGAGGAGUCGCAGCAAUUCUGGAGUUAAACUUGACAACUACGCGCGGAUAGUUCAUCAGACUAUACUGCGUCACCAAGACCCAGUGACAGGUCUGUUACCAGCAAGCCAAGAGCAGCCUGAUGCCUGGGUGAGGGACAAUGUCUACAGCAUCCUGUCUGUCUGGGCCCUCAGUUUGGCUUACAGGAAGAACGCAGACCGUGAUGAAGACAAGGCUAAAGCCUAUGAGCUUGAGCAGAGUGUGGUGAAGUUGAUGAGGGGAAUUCUUCAGUGCAUCAUGCGACAGAUGGACAAAGUGGAGAAGUUCAAAUACAGUAAGAGCACUUUGGACAGCCUCCAUGCCAAAUACAACACUCAGACCUGUGCCACUGUGGUGGGUGACAGGGAAUGGGGGCAUCUCCAGCUUGACGCUACCUCACUCUAUCUCCUCUUCCUGGCUCAGAUGACUGCCUCAGGGCUGCACAUUGUGUACACUCAGGACGAGGUGGAUGUGGUCCAAAAUCUGCUGUUUUACACUGAAUCUGCAUACAAAGUGGCUGACUAUGGGAUGUGGGAGAGAGGAGACAAAACCAAUCAGGGGAUCCCUGAACUCAAUGCCAGCUCAAUAGGGAUGGCUAAAGCAGCACUUGAAGCCCUAGAUGACUUGAAUCUAUUUGGAGCCAAAGGGGGACCUGACUCUGUGGUUCAUGUUUUAGCAGAUGAUAUCCAGCACUGCCAGUCCAUUCUGAGCUCUAUGUUGCCCAGAGCUUCAAUGUCUAAAGAGGUGGAUGCUGGCCUCCUGUCCAUCAUUUCAUAUCCAGCCUUUGCUGUGGAAGACAUGGAGUUAGUCAAUAUCACUAAGGAGGAAAUCAUCUCUAAGCUCCAGGGAAGAUAUGGCUGUUGUCGUUUUCUUAGAGAUGGCCACAAAACUCCUAAAGAGGACCCCAACAGGCUGUACUAUGAAUCUGCUGAGCUGAAGCUUUUUGAAAACAUUGAAUGUGAGUGGCCACUUUUCUGGACCUACCUGAUAUUGGAUGGCAUCUUUAUCAACAGUCCAGAGCAGGUAAAACCAUUCAGAAUUUCUGUUUAUGUGCACAUGUAUCUUCCCAGUAAGCUUUUCCACUCCCCUCAGCCUGCGCUUAAUCUAAAAGAUUUCAAGGGACCACUCACGAGUCAUAGUCCAGAGGAGCCCUUUUCCUCUGAGUGUAACCUGCCACUGGACACUCAUGGUGGCAUUGACUACAGUGGUUUAGUCCAGUGCCCACAGUGUCAUGGCCUUUCAAUAGAAGGCUUUGUGCUCCCAUCUUCUACCACAAGAGAGAUGACCCCGGGUGAGAUUAAGUUUGCGGUACAUGUGGAAAGGGUGCUGAACCGUGUGCCUCAGCCUGAAUAUAGGCAGCUGCUGGUCGAAGGGAUCCUGGUACUUACAAUGCUGGCUGAUGUGGACAUUCAAAGCGUUGGCAGCAUCAUCCACAUAGAGAAGAUUGUUCACAUUGCCAAUGACUUGUUCUUCAAGGACCAGAAGGAUCUUGGUGCAGAGGACAGUAUUUUAGAAAAGGAUCUCUCUACGGGAAUCUGCCGGCUCCUAUAUGAUACUGCACCCAGCGGUCGCUUUGGCACCAUGACUUACCUCUCUAAAGCUGUGGCUACCUACGUCCAGGACUUCCUGCCUAGUGGCGCCUGUACUGUACAGUGAUACCAUGAAGUUUUUAAAUAGUAUCGUUUUUAUUGUACAGAGGAAGAGACCACUAUUUUAGAGCAGUUAUUUAGGUGUUUGUGUGAGUUUGAGUGUGAAGGCAAAAUCUGCAACUGUUUUGAACAAGAUUGAAUAAACUUGUUGAACAAAUGCUUUGGUAGUUCACAGUUUGAUGGUGUUGUCAUUCAGUAGUCCUAAUAUAGGUUUUCCGUCAGUGUAGCUCCAUAUUUAAUUUUUGACAGGAGUGAAAACAAGUCUGUGAGGAAUGGAAAUACAGUGUGUUCAAUGUAUUGCCCUGUUGUUUAACAACAAGGUGAAAAUGUGGUCUUUAGAACCAUUAUACAGUGCUUGUCAAAACUAAGUAUGUCCUUGUUUUAAUGUGCGUAAAAUUCGAUAUAGUGUCCAUCCUGACUAAGAUCUAUUAAGCAUGAAACUCAGUUUUGUUCUUUGGUUUUUGUUUGCCAACAUGAAAGAAUAACUGUACUGCGUAGUGUACUGUAUCUUUGUUUAUAAUCUACAACUAAUGGACAGGUGACUAGUUAUUGCUACUAGUUAUUAUGUACUUAGUUUCAUAACAUUCGUUGUGUUUUAGACUUGCACUUGUGGUCUUUACAGCUCUGUUACAAGCCAGUAUAGAUGUAUGCAUGUACUUGAAGAAGCCUUUAUGAGAUAGUAACUUUUAUUUAUUUUGCUUAGAAUGUAAUAAAUUACAACUUCAAUUUAAAAUAAAAACAAUUGAAAUAAAGUAUUUUACUUAUUGAAUU